CUCACUCGUCCUCGUCCUCAUCCCCAGAGCUGCAGCUGUCUGGACUUUUUGUAGAAUUCUGACUGGCUGUCAUUUGUGGUUAUUUAUCUUUGCAUUUUGUAGGUGGUCAUUGGAUCAAGAAUUAGGGUGAGAGUAUAUGAACAAAGAAGGAGUUUUUGGUGGGAGACCUCCCUAAGCAAGCUUCAGCAAGUCUCCAGUCUUUAUCUCUCGCCAUGGAGCAACUCAACACCUCCAGCCACAAUUCCACUUCCUGGGAUACCAAGGACGUAGCCACCAGCAUGGUCCUGGGAUUGUGCUGUUUGGUGGGCAUCCCUGGAAACCUUCUGAUCGUCGUGGCGAUAAGCCGCCACCUUCGCAGGGCCUCCCUGAUGGUGAAGCUAAUGCUCAACUUGGCCCUGACUGACAUCUUGUCCCUGCUGAUGCUGCCCUUGUGGAUAGUUGCCCUGCUGGGAGGCUGGCCGUACGGACAUGCUGCUUGCAAGAUCCUUUCCUACGCUAUCCACUGUAGCCUGUAUGCCAGCGUGCUGACCGUCACCCUGAUGAGCAUCCAUCGCUACCUGAAGGUUCUGCACCCGUCCUGGAAGACCGAGCUCCACCUGGGGGGGAGGGGCGACAAGGUUCUGCUGGCCUCCAUAUGGGUCCUGGCAUGCUUUCUGGCAAUUCCAGCGCCCAUUUUCCGGAAGGUGAAGGUGACCACGAGUGGGAGAACAGCCUGCAAGCCUCACUAUGACUCAAUUCCGGAGGAGGCUGCCAUGCUCCUUCUGGAGACCCUGAUGGUCUUCCUGGUCCCCGGUGCCAUCCUCACCACCUCCUACUUCUGCAUCAUCCACAGGGUGGGCCGCUCCCCCUUCCACUCUAGCCACAGGCUUAACCAGCUGGUCACCUGGGUGAUAGCGGCCUUCUUCUUAUUCUGGGCCCCCUAUCACGCCUUGAAUCUGGUGCAAGCAGCGGCUGUAUUUGCAGAGGGGGCGGGGGCAGGGGUGGAUGUAGGGUCGGGGCUGCGGGAGGCAACCAGGCAGGGCCAAAAUGUGGCGGGAGCCCUCACUUUCCUGAACAGCAGCCUGAACCCCUUCCUGUACGCCUUCGCCUCUCGCAACCUACGGAAUAGCAGCAGCGUCUUGAAGAGGGUGGAGCGUAUCUGCCACUGCAAGUCCUCCGACACACCCGAACUGGGCUGCAGGAAGGCCUCGCGGGCCACCCCGUCCAUCGACGCCACCCCCGCCACAGCGACCGAGCCGUAUCCCAGGCAGCCAGCCCCAUGUCCUUCAUCUGAGCUCAAACCCAGGUGUGUUCCAGACACCCAAAAAUCCUCUCUUUAAACAGGCCCACUGUAAGCAACAGUGGGCGUCUAUUGCAUAUGUACAUCCAGUUCUACUCUUGAUUUUAUUCAGUCGUUAUUUUUAAAACAUUCUUCUGCUAAUUUUACUUCUCUUCCGCGGCUCGGAAAGCUCUGAUUUAAAUAUGCAACAUGCAUAUUUAUUUGGGAGGACAAACUAGUGCAGGUACCCUCCAAAAUGCUUUCAGGAACCCACAAUUUCUUUCACACAUGAAUCCACCAGCUGAACAGAUGGAACACUGAGCACAGCAGCUAGGAGUCACACUCACUUAUGACUCUCACUUAACAGAAAACAUGCUCCUAAUCAACAACACAAUUCUAGAUGCUGAAUCGUUCUGCACAGUCUGCUGGCCUGUUUCAGAGAGCAAAGAGACAGAAAUGCAGUUGAGGCCAAAGGCGACAUUUUGUCGAAGUCGGCCAGGAACGUGAGGUAGGAGGGAUGAAGUACUGCUGUGCUCAAAAGGAGCCCAUGCGCAUGACCGCAUGUAUUUGUCAAUAUGUGUUCUCAAAUAAGGCCUGGCCACAAACGCUGUGUGCAUGCUGCACCCCUCCUCACCCUCCUCGCCCUCCAGCUCACUCCCUCCAGCAGUCACGCACAUGCUGGCACCAGAAACGCCAGCAUAGCAUGCACAGCUGCAAGAGGCAGAACUGUGUGAUGUGAAAACCUGAGCAGAGCAGAGUGCCCCCACUCCGAUCUCUGGAUCGGUUAUCGGGGGCAUAGUAUGCCCUCUGAACAAAUUUCAUGCACUAUUUACAGAACUAACUCCUCAAUAGUCUGAUGCCCUGGGCCAGCCAGCUGACUCAUUUUCACAGGGAUAUCAGGCUCUAAGCAGUGGAAAGAAAAUCAAACAGGCAGGUAGGGUGCACUGCAGGCAGAUUGCACCAGCUGGCAUGCUCGAAAAUGCCAGCGCAUUGCAAAGGCAGAUUUAGCGCACUAGCCUGUGCAUUGCACUUCCUAUCUCCACCAGUGUUGCUGAGGUGUACCAGUAAAAGGAAAUUACACCACAAACACCUCUACAUCACAGAGAUGCAUUUCACAGAGAUGCUCAGGCUCAGCACUCUAAAGUAGGCACUGCUGUCACUAAUGACUAUUAAUACAGAAAUGAUGCGCUAUAUGAAUGUUGUGCAGUGUUGCCUUGCUUUGGUGUGUAUGGUCUGAAUACAGUGAGUAAACUGAGUAAACUGUGAAAGUUCUCUACGGGAAGCUAAGCCGAAUAGAGGUUUAUGAAUAUACUGAAUUAAUUGUCCAACCUCCAAUUCACCAUUUGGUUUGUUCUGGGCCCGAGGAAAUUUUAAACGACUAGGUCAGAGGAGCCUAGCGAUAAGACACAGACCCCCGGUCCCAAUUCACCUCCUAAUCACUCCCUCUCUGUUUUGAGCUACACCGAAUUAUAAGUGUCACUGAUACAAGGCCCAUUCAUAAGCGAGGGCAGGCAUCGAGGCAAUAGGGAGCAUGAAAAGCAGCAGGUAUGGGACACACUUUUUGUCUGCUCCAGGGACCCUUAUCAGAAUUUAUAAAGAAUGAAUUAUUAUCUAUAAUUUUGACGGAAGUUGCAUUAGUUCAGACAACAUUGCAAACAGACACCGCUGAGAUGGCCAUGAUGAUUGUCUUUCAAAAAGUCAUGACAUGGCAGUCAGCAUACAUUUGAAUGUGGUUAGCUCUGCCAUGCUUCAGCGACUCAGCAUUAAGCAAUGCAAUGCCUGCUGGGUCAGCACUCACUUCAUGCCAGCACUCCUAUUUCCUCAUUAUUGUGUCAGAGGGCCAAACCACUGAAAUUUGGCUCACUCAGUUCUGGGACCACGCCUGUACAAGAUGGCGACUCUUGCAUAUGCACAAAAUUCUGGGUCAAGCCAUACCAGAAUAAAGCAGAGGGCAGAGUUUAGUAUAACUGUUGCCUGAUCUCAUCUCACCACAAAGAAACUCACCAACAUUUCAAAUAAUAUCCAAAGCUGUCCCUCCAAAAAAUAUCACAAAAUCCUUAAUAUUUAAUGUCACCGCAAUGGCUACCAUAGGAGGAUUGAUUUCCUUAUUACCAUAAACAAUUUAAGUAUGUAACUACGUAAAAUAUGAUCUUUCUUUGUCUCGCAUCUGGAUCUGGCGUUUGGUGUUCGGUCUUGUGUGGGGUCUUGCAAUUCAUCUUGCAUUUUACAUUUCAUCCCUGGUAUUUUGUAAUAUUUUGCUGUCUAUUGGUUUUUGAACUUUGUUCAAUUUGGGAUUAACUUGGGAGAGGCAAGCUGUGCUUGGGUAUCUUCUUUCAAUCUUUUUGUGUGUGACUGUAACAUGUCUACAUCUGUAACAUUCACUGUUUUUUUAAAGUAGUUGAACCCUUGUCUUUAGAUUAAAUGUUGAAUUACUUGUUACAAUUGAAUAAAUCUCUUCA